AUGGCGACGACUUUGACCAGUUUCGUGGACAACUUCCGCACCCAGUUGGCUAAGGAUGCAGAAUUGCAGCUAAGCACUGUUUUUCCUCAGCGUCUUCAGGCCAUAAUUGACGUGCUCAAAAGUCCACUUUUUGAUCUGGCAUCGAAUCGCAAGAAACUCCACGAAGCGGCUCUUGCUCCGGUCCCGUCCGACGCCUGCAACAAGGACGCCUCAUUGCCUAGGUCAUCGUUUGAAGUAUCCACUAAUUCCAUCAUCUCGGAGGCCUACAACGUCGUCAAACCAUUCCUCCUCCAACUGGGCGAGGAUGCCCAACUUUUGCGAAUGUGGGUAGUCUUAAACAUUCCUAAAAUCGAGGAUGGGAACAACUUUGGGGUCUCAGUGCAGGAGGAAGUGAUGGUGGAUGCCUCGAGAACAGAAACCGACGUCACUUCCAUGUUGGAUUUCUACUGUGACUACCUUAUCUACCGAGGUAAAAUUAAUACCAAGAGAAUCAAGUGGCCUGGAAUCAAGGCUUACACAGACGCUCUCAUCGAGUUGGACGAGAUGACGUACAUACGAAUUCGCAUGACGCUGCAGGAUAUAAGGAACAACUACGCUCGCCUCUACGACCUCUACAUGAAGAACAUUAAUAAGAUUCGCAACCCCCGAACCGACAGCGGAAUGAAUGCUGUCAAUAUCAUGUAUUAA